UAUCCACUCAAAGCUUGAUUUUAAUUGCACAUUUUUGUAUUACGAACUGAUUUAAACUCAAAAUGGAGAAUCAAGAAAGCAAGUAUCUCCCCGAGCUUCUCGCUGAGAAGGACAGUAUGGAUGUGUCGUUUACGCACGCUAUGAAACUUUUAUCUACAGAAAUCGAGAGAAUCCAGAAAGGUGAACCCAAGAAGGAAGGAGGAGACGCGUACCUGGACCUUUUCACCGUCAAGAAUAUCAAACUGAAGGAGCGCGUGCUCAUACCUGUCAAACAGUAUCCGAGGUUCAACUUUGUGGGGAAGAUUCUUGGCCCUCAGGGCAACACAAUCAAACGGCUUCAGGAAGAGACUGGGGCCAAGAUCUCUGUACUGGGCAAAGGCUCCAUGAGGGACAAAGCCAAGGAGGAGGGUCUGAGGAAAGGGGCUGAGGCCAAGUACGCACACCUGUCCAUGGAGCUGCAUGUCUUCAUCGAGGUGUUUGCCCCCGUGCCCGAGGCUUACCUACGCAUGGCACACGCCAUGGAGGAAGUCAAGAAGUUCCUGUUUCCUGACAUGAUGGAUGACAUCUGUCAGGAACAGUUCAUGGAGAUGGGUUAUCUGAACGGGGGCCAAGAGCACGGGCCAGGGGCCCCACGAGGCAGAGGAGGGCCUCCGGGACAACCAGGGGCACCCAGGGGUAGGGGUAUGCCCCAACGUGGAGGUACACCCAGGGGAGGUCCCGCCAGAGGCGGUGUAGCGAGGGGGGCACCAGCAGGAAGAGGAGGACCUCCAGCAACCCCUGCCAGAGGGGCAACAGCGCCCCGAGCCAGACUCGCUGCCCCUGGUGGGCCUCUGAGAAUGCCCCUUCCACCCCCCCACCAACACGCACCAGCACCGGAACAAUAUGAGGAAUAUGCCUAUGAUGAGAGCUACACUGAGCCAGCGUACGAGGCAUACGACUGUUACUACAGUCAGCCACAGGCAGAGCCAGAGUACUAUGACUACGGACACGGAGAAACACAGGAAGCAUAUGAACCCUACGGUAAGACAUCAAUACUCCACUCCCCUCUAGCCCAGGACAACUGGAAUGGGACCCAGAGAGCGGCACCGGGGGGAAAGGCCCUCCCUGCCAGAGCGGCUAAGGGCCCUUACCGAGAACACCCCUAUAGACAAUACUGAACUCACCAUGCCAACGCCUAG